CCCUCUCCCUCUCCAAUGCCACCACCGUCAUGUCGCUCAAUGGCUUAGACAUUCCCGCCGUCGUCGAUGCCUACCACGUCGCUUUGCAUGAAGCCGGAGGAUGGUUCCUGCUGCGUUACGUCUCCCGGGAUGAAGUCGCCCUGUUCGAACGAGGCACCGGCGGCGUGCCUGACGUCCGCUGCGCCAUUGACGCCUACGAGGAGGUCUCCCCCCUAUACGGCUUUCUCCAAUAUCGUCGUCGCAAGGUCGUACUGAGCUAUCUGCCCGAGGGCCUGUCUCGCCUCGUCCAAGCCCGCACCACCGUCCACUUUCAAUCCGUCCUCGAUAAAUUCUCCCCCCAUGAUACCGUCUUCACCCUGUCGCAAUCCGCCCAACUCACCGAGAGCGCCUUGUCCUCCGCGUGUCUGCUGCAUACUGCCUCAGGUUCUAUCACCUCCUCCUCGAGCUCACUCCGCCGUCGCAGGCUGAUGGAGAUCGCGGAAGACGCAGAAGAACCCUCCGCCGCCCGGGAGCCCGACCCGACGGCUGCUGCCCCCGUCGCCAACGCCCGGCAGCGGUCGUUCAGUCAGUUGUCCGACGCCACCAUCGUGGCCGCUCCGGACGCUCAGAGUCAUCCGCCGCCACCGCCCUCUUUGUCCGCCGUUCCGACCCCCGAACACCCGGCGGCCGACGACGACGACGACAACAACAACAACAACAACGACGACCACGCGCCGCCCGCCGCGUUCGACACUCCCGAUGGCGACCGCGCGCUCUCCCUGAGGAGUUUCCGCGAGGAUCUGGCCCAGCCCCCGCCGCCCUCCGAGUCGCGGAAAUCCUCCCAGUCCGCGCGGCCGUCCUUGCGAGACCUGGAGCGCACCGGCACGUACCCGCAAAAGGUCAAGCGGGGUCCUCGUCCCUCCGUGGACGUGAACGGACGCCCGCGGACGGCCGGCAACCUCUCCCGCGGCAUCGAACAGCAGCGGCCGGUCGCCUCCCUGCCCGCCGGCGUGCGCUCGUCGUCGCUGCGCAAAAACAGCCCGCCCACCGCGCGUCCCCGAUCGCAAGGCAGCACCGCCGUCGCCGCCGCCACGCCCGGCAAAUCCGCUCCUCCCGUGCCUCCGUUGCUCGUGCCGCCGCUGUCGACGUCCGUCUCCCGGCCUCCCUUGUCUCCGGGGGCCAAGUCGUUGAGUGCCCUGUCGUCCUCGGGAACGUCGCAGGAGAAGGAACGCCUCAUGAAGGCACUCCAACUUCGCAAGACGCAAUUGGAAAAGAAGGCGCAGGGAGGAGGAAACGGCAAGACCUCGAAGGCCGUGGACGGCGACAGACCGUCGCCGCAGCCACACCGGCCGGCGGCGAUGAGCCCCCGUGAGAACAAGGAGAAUCUGGAGGAGGACCAGGGCCCCGGUCGGCAGGAGGAAAAGUCGGCCCCGGUCGACGACUCGAGCCGAUCCCUUACCCCUUUGGCGGAACCUCGGCCAGCCCCUAUUAUCGCACAGGAGGUAACAGAGCCAUCCCCCGCGGCGGAUGCGGCCUCCUUAAGACAGACCGAUGCGGAGGCGUCCGCGCCGCCGGAAAUAAAGGAGGUCGUCGUUCCCGGCCAGGCUGACGAGGGUCCGCUCGACGUGCCGGCGUCGACCCUCCCUCCUCCGACCGACAACGACGACGAGGAUGACGGGGGCGAAAUCUCGGCGCAGGAGGCGGCUCCAGAAGCACAGACGCUCGGCCAACCUGAAACCGACGCGGGCGACGCUGAGUCGGCCCUGCCUGCUGCUAAAAGUGGCCCCGACUCGCCUAGCGCCGUCAUCGACGUCCCACCGGAACAGGCCCAAUCCCUGAAGGCUCCAGAAGAAAUUAUUGAGACUCCGUCCCCACCGACCGAAAACCCUGUCAUUUCCGGUGCGCUGGACGACGACGACGCGACAGGGGAACCGUCCGCCUCCCCGAUCCCACCCCCGUCCAUCCCUGAAUCCCCCCCGACCACCGUCAUCGCCGCGGAGGCCUCCGAGCCGCCGCGUGAACUCGCCCCUGAAAUCCCCGUCGCGCAACAAAAGGCCGCCGCCCAUCGAAAGGACAAACGCAAGCCGUUCCUCGAGCCCAUCCAGGUGCCGACCCCCGACUACUCGGAUGACGACAACUUCUCGGAUGAUUCCUUCAUGGAAGAACUGAAGAGCGCCACCGUCGAAGAAGCCAAGCCCAUUUCCGUCGGCAAGUCGCCGCUGUCGCCGGGAUACUCGAACCACCACGCCGGCCACGAUCGGACGAGCCCGGACGCCUGGCGGAAUUCCCGCGCCGUCUCGAACCCCAGCGCCGUCGGCGGCCAGUCCCUCAACAACCCUCUGCACCAGGCCCUGGCCGUCGGCCGAUCGGUGUCCACCCCGUACCCGGAGAUGGACGGCGCCACGAACCCCGUCCUGGUCGCCAAGAAGAUCAACGUGUCGUCCGGCAUCUCGAAGCGCAUCCAGGCCCUGGAGAAGUUCUCCGGCCAUCGCGACGCGCCGUCGCAUUCCGCCCCGAACCUGGCCGCCCCGUCGUCGGCCUCGUCCUCUUUCGAGACCCUUCGCAAGCGCGCCUCCGUGUCCCUGGGCGGCCACUCCGACACGCCCCCCUCCCGUCACGCGUCGUAUUCGCCCGAGCCCUUCUCGCGCGCCGCCAGCCUCCGUCGCCGCGACUCGAGUGCCGGUGCUCCGCGCGCCCCCAGCUCCGUCUCCGUCACCGCGCGCAUCGUGCGCGACGCCGGCGCGACGCCGGGCGAGCCGACGCACGGCACGCCUCCGGACGCGUCGGGCGUCCUGCAUCUCCAGCCCAGCCAGUUGACCGUCGAGCACGAGACCGCCGAUGCCCCCUCGCCUGCGCCGGCGCCGAGCCUGACCCCCCAGUCGACGGCCGGCAAAUCCGACCAGCGCAGCAUGUCGACGUCGUCCGCCGGGUCGGGCCCGCGGUCCGUCUCGCCCACCCUGCACCGUUCGGAGAGCCGGCUGUCCGUUUCCUCGGCGUCCCGCACCGACCGCGGCGACGCGCCGUCGUCGCCCGAGGACCGGCGGGAAUCGCGCACGUCUCGGAUUCUCCGCCGCAUGUCGUCGAUCACGUCGAACUCCCGCAAGGGCUCGGCCGGCGCCUUGAGCCCCGUGGUGAAGGAGGAGCCGCCGAGUGGCCCCGAAGCCACGGAGCUGGAACCUACCGCCGAGGCGGCUCAGGCCGUGGACAUCGGCGAGGUCAACGUGCAGUUCCCGGACACCUUGCUGUGGAAACGACGAUUCAUCCGCAUCGAUGACAAGGGGUUCGUGGUGCUGACGCCGGGCAACAUCGAUUCCAGCAACCGCAACAUGAUCAAACGAUACCACCUGACCGAAUUCCGCACCCCCUGUCUGCCCGACGAGGAUUGUCAGGAGCUCCCCAAUAGCAUCCUGCUGGAGUUCCUGGACGGGAGGACGCUUCAAUGUGCCUGCGAAUCGAGACAGGGACAGGCCUUUGUCCUGCAGACGCUUGUCGGGGCUCACACUGCCCAUCAAUCCUCCGUGGCGUAACCACAGCCUACAUUCUUCACUCUUUUCUCCCGUUUCGAACUACUUUUUAUUUUAUUUUUUUAUUUUUUUAUUGUUCUUCCUCACUCAUUGCCUUUUCCUUCCGACUAAUCCCAUCUUUCUCUUCCCUUCUCUUCCAUUCCCCUCUGUGUUUUCAGCGGUAUACCCCUCUAAAAAAACGGUUUCCUUUGUAUCCCUGUCCUCAUCGCGGCGCCUCUUUCUCUCGGCUCGGCGGGCAUUGCAUUCUUCCCUUCUCUCGAUCUCGCGUCUCCGACUGGAUGUUAGGGUCCGCUCCUUCCGUACGCGCAUUAUUCCAUCCAUUUGCCUUUUCCUUCAGGGUUGUAUUCAUCGGUGGCGUGAUAGACUCGCUUCUACGGCCUAGACUGGAGUCGUUUUGGUGUUGAGGAUUUCCGGCGGGGGCCUCUGUAUCUGGCACUGGAGUCUGUGUUUUGUUGCCUGCGUGCUUGGAACUGUAUAUACGCGAAUCGAUUCAAUUAUUUCC